UACGACCGCCAUUUUCCCUAGUGCUACGUUGAGCGUGCUCGAGGAUACACACGUGUUGUUGCUACUUACUCAAAAAUGGCAGAAAGCGAUAAAGUAAGAAGAAAAACAAGAAGAAGUCGCUUGGAGAAAUUCAAGUAGAGAUGAAGUGUCAACUUGAACCUUCAGAUGAAUCUAUAAAACUUGAAUAUAAAGAUUGGCCACUAUUAUUUAAGAAUUUUGAUAAAAUGCUUACCCGUACAAAACAUUUUACUCCUUUAACUUGUGGUUCAACUCCGUUACAUCGUACUUUAUCUGAGUAUAUAAAAUCUGGGUGCAUUAAUUUAGAUAAGCCAUGCAAUCCAUCUUCGCAUGAAGUGGUAGCAUGGAUAAAGAGAAUUUUGAAAGUAGAGAAAACUGGUCAUUCAGGCACUUUGGAUCCCAAGGUGUCUGGUUGUUUAAUAGUAUGUAUUGAUAGAGCAACCCGUUUAGCUAAGUCACAGCAGUCUGCUGGAAAAGAAUACAUUGCAGUUUUUAAAUUACAUUCUGCUCCUGAAAGCCUGCAAAAGGUAAAUCAAGCAUUGGAAAAAUUGCGUGGUGCACUGUUUCAACGACCCCCGCUUAUAUCUGCAGUGAAGCGUCAGCUUCGUGUUAGAACAGUUUAUGACAGUUGGUUCCUUGAUUAUGAUCAUGAACGCAAUAUGGGAGUAUUCAGAGUUAGUUGCGAAGCUGGAUCUUACAUUAGAACAAUUUGUGUUCAUCUUGGCCUUUUCUUAGGCACUGGUUGUCAGAUGCAAGAAUUGCGUAGAAAUCGAUCGGGUGUUCAAUCUGAAAAAGAUGGAAUGGUUACUAUGCAUGAUAUACUAGAUGCUCAAUGGUUAUAUGAAAACCAUGCAGAUGAAUCUUAUUUAAGGAGAGUAAUCAAACCAUUGGAAGCCCUUCUUGUAAAUCAUAAAAGAAUUAUUGUGAAAGAUAGUGCAGUAAAUGCUAUUUGCUAUGGGGCUAAAAUUAUGUUGCCAGGUAUUUUAAUGUAUGAUGAUGGUAUAGAAUUAAAUCAAGAAAUUGUAAUAGUUACUACUAAGGGUGAAGCUAUAGCUCUUGGUGUAGCAUUAAUGACAUCUCCUACAAUGACUGCCUGUGAUCAUGGGAUAGCUGCAAAAAUUAAAAGGGUUAUCAUGGAAAGGGAUGCAUAUCCUAGGAAAUGGGGUUUGGGACCAAAAGCUUCUGUAAAGAAGCGCAUGAUAAUUGAAGGAAAAUUAGAUAAAUAUGGAAAACCAAAUGAAAACACACCUGCUGAUUGGUUGACUAAUUAUACAGAUUUCUCCACACCUACAGUCAAGACGGAAGAAAAUGGUGUAACUGAUGCUACGGCUAAAAAACGUAAGUGGGAAGAAACAAUCCCUCAACCUUCGGGAGACGUAUCAAUAAAAGAGGAACCCGUUGAAGACUCUGAAAUAUCGUCACCAAAAGAGAAAAAGAAAGAGAAAAAGGAUAAAAAGAAAAAGAAGAAGAAAGAAAAGGAAGAACGUGAAGCGGAGGGAUCAGUUACAGUAGUUACAGAAAGUGAAGUUCCGGAAUCACCGGUAAAAGAAGAAAAAGAGAAAAAGAAGAAGAAGAAAAAAGAUAAAGAUCAAGAAGCACCAACUUCAAGUUAAAAAAAUUUUCUAAGAUAUACAUAUGUUUAUUGAAAGGGUAUUUUUUCUUAUAAAACUGAAGAAAAACUGCGGACUUCAUAGAAGAGAAUGUAUCUUUUCUAUUUGAAGACGAUUUUCAAUAGGUAUAUAGUUUCUAAUUUUUUACUUGUAAAAAAGAUAUUCACUUCCAAUCCCUACCACAUAAUGUUUUAAAUUAAAAAGAAAUUUUUUAUAUGUUCUGUAAACUUGUACAUAUGGAAAUUCAAGCCAGAUAUACUUGGCAAGCAUUUAGAUCAUUCUUUAGAAUGCCGUAUCAACGAUGCUCGUUAAUGGUAAGAUAAGUAUAAAAUGAUGUUACUGUUAAUUGAGAUUUCUAAAUUUUCCAAUUAGUAUGUGUAUAUAUAUACAUACUAAUUAUAAUAAUCAAAUGUAUUGAUAUGAUAAUUGAUAUCGACAGAAUGUACAUACUAACUGAAUUUUAUUUGCAAUUUAGUAAAAUGUUUGCAAAUACGUAAAAUAUUCUGAUUACGAUUCACUUGCUAUAAAAAUAUUUUUACAUUUAUUUUAUCACUUUCAGCAGUGCACAGUAUUCUAUAUCCUGUAUUACAAGUAUUGUCAUUUUAUAUUGUUUCAUCUUUUCUUAAGCAUAUAUUCGAUACUGUUCACGUAUAAAGGAACUCUGCUGCACUUUACAAGACGACUGAAUAAAAAAUUACAUGUCAUAAAAUAAUCAAAUACUUUAUUGCAG